AUGAGCAACAUGCAUGUGGGAAUGAACGUCACACUCACAAAACCAUUCAUCCUAAGAUGCUUUAUCAUCUCCCUCUUCCUCUCCCUCCCCUUCUUCCUCUUCCUCUUCCGCCACCUUUUCUCUCCGCAGCAACACCACCGCCACGUCAGCAUCGCCGCCACCGCCACCACCACCAACAACAACAAUAGCAACCUCAGAAUCCGACCCGGUUACUCCUCCUACGACGCCUACAUACAGCGGCAGCUCAACAAGACCCUCAACCCGCGCCUCCGGAAAAUAUGGACCACGCGCGACUGGAACCGCAAGAUCCCGGUUUUCGCGCGCUUCUUCGAGGAGCUUAAGGAAAAGAAGCUUCUGGACAAGAACUCGAAGGCGCUUUGCAUAGGCGCGCGCGUCGGGCAAGAGGUGGAGGCGCUAAGGCGCGUGGGCGUUUGGGACUCGGUGGGAAUGGACCUGGUUCCGUACCCUCCCCUCGUGGUUAAGGGGGACUUUCACAACCAACCGUUUGAAAACGGCACGUUCGACUUCGAAUUCUCGAACGUGUUCGACCACGCACUCUACCCGGAACGCUUCGUGGCCGAGAUCGAACGCACGUUGAAACCCAACGGCGUGUGCGUCUUGCACGUGGCACUGUCGCGGCGCGCUGAUAAAUUCUCCGCUAACGACCUCUACAGCGUGGAGCCCCUCGUCGCGCUGUUCAAAAACUCCGCUUUGGUUCACGUUCGUGACGUCGAUGGUUUUGGGUUGGACACCGAGGUUGCGUUUCGUAAGAACACCUUACGUUAA